AUGGUUUCAAACAAUGCCGUUCCGAUGAAGUUAGAAAGUUCUGACAGAAGAUAUGUAGUUGUCAGAACGUCAGAAGCUCAUAUGCAAGAUACAGAAUAUUUUGACGACUUAGCAGAAACUUUGACAUCUGACUUUUACAACCACUUGUUCUCAUAUUUCAUGACAUUAGAUAUUUCUAAGUUCAAUCCAAGACAAAUUCCACAUACCGAAGAGAGACAAACAUUGUUAGAAGCAAACAAGAGUGUAUAUGAACUGUUCAUAGAUGAAACUGACUUUGAGUGUUUAGAUGAAAGGUCAUUGUACGAUUCGUAUAAACAGUAUUGUCAAGAGUAUGGUUAUAUGACAGCGUCUAAACGAACAUUCUUGGCAAAUGUCAAAAGUCUUUUAGACGUACAGAAUGGUGUAUAUACAAAGAAAAAUUUUUCUGAGUAA